AUGGAACUUUACGGGGAGCUCUCCAACCCAAGUGCCCUCUUUAAUAGUGACAUGGAACGCUUCCAAAAGAAAAUUGACGCCAGCCUGUCCCAAAGUGACCUCCAGAUCUUUGCACCCUAUAAGAAGCGUAGUGAGGUGUGGGAGAAUAAGACUUGUCUCAAGGGAUCCGGUGUUACUUUAUCCGAAUUCUUGACUAAGUCGCGCCACGAAGUCUUCAAGCGUGCUCGCAUACACUUUGGCGUGAAGGAUUGCUGGACUUCAGAGGACCGCAUUGUUGUCCUCCUGCCAAACAAAUCUCGUCGUAGGAUCGAGCGCAUGUCCGAGCUUGAGGAGCUGAUCCAGCGCUACCCAACGCCACAUAAUGUGCAGCAGGUUGUGAGUGCGCCAACCGCCCGUGCUGGUACGUCAUCGCAGUCCGAGCCUGUACGUACUCCUUCCAGAGAGCCGACAACUCAAGAACAACCUCGACCGGUCCGAAAAUGCACUAAACCGAAAACUGUUUCAAAG